AAUAAUAAUGUGAAAACGUUGAGAAGUCAUCGGCGUCCCAAGAAUAUUGAGGUAUGGAGCAGCUCCCUUCCUCAACACUAGCAUCAGCUACUCGAAUUGUUUGAUUGUCAUAAUUGAUUGCUUUCACGUAGAAUUUUCUUGAUUGAUCAGAGUACAAUACUGUAAGGUUGUUCUCACAGGAUAGGUUAUAUACUGGAUCUGCAGUCGUUCCACAGGAAUUAGGCGGAUCUGUGUUUAAUCUGAAAGGGUAGCUAAUAUUCGAAUUAUUUCCACAAGAAGAAGGUGGACAGUAAUGUUUAUCUUUGGCACUGCAGGUCUCAUGAAUUAAGGCGAGAAGAAGAAGAGCGACAAAGAUGAGGCCUGGACUAGGCAUGGAGAGGGGCAAAAGUGUCGAUGACUUUCAGAAGAUGGGGGCACGUCUGCUUCUGAGUUCUGAUAUCGAGAAGCAUCUUGAUGAUGAUGUUUUCUUGGGAGUUUUUGGGUAUUGGUGUUUGGAAAUUUGGAAUGGGUCCUGUGAAUUGGUUUGGGGGGCAGGUAUUGCUUGGCAGGGGAAUUCUACACAAAAAAUGAAGAAGCCGACGAGCUUAGGUUUGGUGGAUUUGUUCGCACAACAUUGGGUUGCCGUUGCCGUAAAUGUAGAAAAUCGCGCCAGUUUUGUGUUCAUUAAGGACUUCAGGAUCGACAACAAUGACUCUGCAAUUUAGGAGAUCAGGAUCGCUUUCGAGAAUCUUUAAGACCACCUUGAUUUUUUCCAUGUGAGCUUUGUUUUAAUCUUUUUUGUCUACUUUGAGUUUGCUUGCGGUUUUAGUUUGGGUUUUUCUUUUUUAUCUUUUUUUUGGCAAUUAGAAAUAAGCAUAAAGAAAUAUCGUUUUCUAUGUAUAGUUAGUGAGUUGCAUUGUAGUUCUUACUUUGCUGCUUGGUUCUUAUUGGGUAUAUGUGAUGGUUGGCCCAGGAAAAAUGAAGAUCAAAACGAAUAAUCAAGAGAUAUGUCAAGAGUUGGAAUUACCAUUUUUAGCAAUUAAGAGAUUAUGUGGUGGUUGUUAUAUUAGCGUAUUUUUUGUGAUUUGAGUUCUUAAUAGACUGCUUAAUACCUA